CCAGAAUACACGAUAGCCAUCGACAGCGCGCACUGCUGCGAACGAUCCCCUCGAGGAUGCAGGCACAAAUACCUUGAAGCUGACAUCCCGGGAGCUCGGCUCUUCUAGAUCAGCUGCUGCAUGUCAUUGGAGAUGAUCAGCUGCCCAUAAGCUGGAGGCUACUUCGAGUUUCUCUUCCCCUCUCAUCACCCACUUCGUGCCCGGCCUCAACCCUCCGUCCCGACGUCUGCGAGCUCUUGCAAGACGACGAGUGACUUCAAUACGACGACGAUACCCGCACUAUGCUCACAGACUCGCCCAGCGCGAGCACGAGCACGGGCACGGACAGUAGCGGCGACGCCGCGCGCCGCCUCGUGCGCUUCGCCAACCGCUGCAAUGUCAUACCCAACCUGCCUUCCCCGCCAGGCCGCCAGCGUUCGCGCUCCCGUACGCGCAUGGUGGUACGCCGCGACACCACCCUUUGGUCCGUCCGCGUACCGACGAUAGGAUUCGUCUCUGCACCGACUACGCCCCACCCAGACAGCCCUGAACUCCCCUCCGCAUUGAAACACCAUAGCCCCCAUAUCCACUGUCACUGCGAGUCGACCCCGAUCGCAGAAUUGCUCCCCGCGGUGGAUCCUCCUUCGCCGCAGCCCAUGCACCGCACACCAGCAACCAUACCAGAAGAGGUUGCUGCAUCACCGGAACUCAGUUCAUCUCCCCGUACGACGUUUCUGCAACGCAUAGGAUUGCAGCAGCAUCCGACGCCACCGCGGCAGCUUUCUGCGACGCCCAGCCGUCAGAGCUCCACGCCGCCGACGCCGACGCACACAAUGGGGCCGGACGAGUGGGACGAGAGCGGCGAUCUGCUCAUGCCGCUGCGGCCCUGCUGCAUGGAGUGCUUCUCCGCGACGGAACACCCGGCGCGCGCGAUCAGAUGGACAGCGCGGGCAUUCAGAGCAUGGAAGGAGUACAGCGGGCCCCAGGAUGUGAAGAAGAGGGAAGCCGAGGAAGAGCAGAGGAAGGCGAAGCUAAGAGAAGGGGCAAGAGAUCUAUCCCCCUCGCCACGCCCGCUCUCCCUGCAACUAAAUGUGGACGAGAUCGACGUGCUCAAGAAGCGGAGAUUGCACUCCCUCGACGAGCAGCCGGCGACCCUCCUAGAUGAGACCGACCCGCAUUCGACAUUCUCCGCCAUGGGCACAUCCGAUUCGCCCGUCUCUCCCUCGACGGAUUCAGGGAUUGACCCCUCGCCUGCAACGGACUCGUCGGCCUCGGAUUUGCCCCUCAAACCUUUGACAGGCGCGAAGUCCUUCGACGGAGACUUCCCCCUACCCCGUCGGUCUUCGGGCCGAUCUUCCGCCGCCACAUCCCCUGCUGCAUCACGCCCAGGUUCUGCCUCCGCCUCCAGGGUGUCGUUGUCGAAGGACGGUGCGCCUUCGCGAAUGGAGGUCAAGGACACGCUUGUCGUGCCGCUCUCACUCCCGCUCGUCGGGAAGAGCAGCCGCACGUCAUUGUUGCGCAACACAAGUCAUGCCUCCUUGCGCAAGUCGACGAGCCGCCCAGGUAGCUCAGCGUCGCUGGCGCGGCAGAUGCAGCCGUCGGCGCUGCGUUCGGGAUCGCCGGGCUCGCGGAACAGUAUUUCUGGGUCGCGGGGAAGCGUCUUUGGACCGCAGGGUGUCAUCACAGACUCGCCCGCGAGCGUAGCGGAGGGCGUCGCGGCGGCGCUGCAGAAGGGCGAUACUACGUGUCGCUGGAGUCUUGCGCCCGACGAUGAAGAAUCCCAGUCCGGAUCGUGCAGCAGCGACUCAGAAGACGAUGUAUUCCACGAGGCCUCGGAGGAGGCGCUGGGCGUGUACGACGACGAAGACGCGGCGGCCGCGGGUGUCAACGAUAGCGGUCUGGGAGACGGCACCGUCGCCAAGUGUGAGGACGGCAUGCUCUGCGCGUCGAUUUCGCGUCGCACCGCGCAGCAGCCUGCGAAGCGCCCGAGCCCGCCGCCGGUGGUAGAUGAGCGCCCGAGUCGGCCGGCGAGUAUCACAGGGCAGAGUAGGCCAGCGAGUGCGGUGGGGUUGGCGUCGGCAAUGAGGCCGUCGUCGAGAGCAAGCUCGAUGAUGCUGUCGGUCGAACCGUCGGGCAAGGUGUCCGUGGACACGUCUGGGGCAGAUACGCCCCCGCGGGUGUCGACGUCGUCGCAGUUGCGACCUUAUUCGGUCACGGCCUCGCGUCCUCUAUCGUCGUCGUCUCGCCCAUCGUCGUCGCAUGGAGGGUCGACCCGACCGGGGUCAUCACAUGAGGGGUCAAGACCGACGUCGAAUAAGUCGCGCCCUGUGUCGACAAUGUCACGACCCGGUUCGUCGCGGAGGGAGAGAGGGAGGCCGGCGUCGAGGGCGGGUGAUAUGCACGCGGAGAGUCGGAAGAGUGAUGACAGAGGUCGGCGGAGUGCUUCGGGGGCAAGUACGGAGAGAGCGCUCUCUCGCGCCCCACCUAGUGCGCUUUCUGAAGGAAUGCAAGGAGACGAAAGAUCGCCCACGACCCAGGCGAUCACCACCGCUACCGCGCCUCCUGCAGUCAAUGUCACGACAACCGCCCCAGCCACGCCGCUUGCGGGCGCUACCCCACCACUGGAUACCUCCACUUCGCCCUACGAGUCGCCCCUCAUCGUGCCCGAGACGCCCAAGAUUACACCACAGACCCCUCAUAUCACUCACAAGGUCUCCAAGGGCACCUUCGAUGACGGAUGGGUCCCGCUCUCUAUGGACGACGCGGCAUCGAUCGGCGAGGGCAGUGACCCAUGGCUAGGGUCGCCCAACUCGAGACCAGGCUCCCCGAUCAUGAGGAUGAUGCGGAGCUUGUCGAGAGGCCCGAAGAAGAGGCGUCCGGUACCGGGGUCGAAGGUACAAUCGCCUAUGGACUCCGAGGUGGUGUCACCAGCGGGCUCGAAGGACUCGAUUUCGGCCUCUGGCUCAUCGUCGUCGUCGAAGGAGGAGCUGGGACCCCAUCCGUUGAAUCAGGCGACGACCGGGCAUAACUUGCUACGCAUGAUUCGCUCGCGGUCGCGCUCGAGGGGGCCGGCGGCGAGGCAGCAGAGAGCGGAGGGUACUGCGUCAGAUACGGACUUCCAGUCGAAUAUGGGCACGAGCUUCUUUGGCUUGGUGCGGACGAAGUCGCGGGGGGCGGCUCCGAGGUCGCAGGGCGGCACGCCGACGAAGUCGAGUGGGAGGACGCCGAAGAGGGCGAAUACGCUCGGGACGCCUGAACCCACUUCCAGCUCGACGUCGAGCACGUCUUCGAGCCCGACGAUCUUCCCGGCGCGCCCGCAGGAGUCUCCGUUGGAGGACGCUACUGUGCGCGCGACGGGUCGCCCUGGACCGGCGUCGGUGGUGCCUACCACCCUCGCGCGCGCGUCGACGGAGAGGCGGGCCUCCUUGCAGGCCUCCCCUUCCUCCACGACGCCUAGGCGCAGCCGGGCAGCGUCGACCGGCUCGAUAUUGCACGCGCAAAACGCCAGCGCUGCGUCGAGCGCCGACAGUCACCGCGUACUGGACGCUCCUUCUGAACGCUUUAAGGACGCGCAACCGGUCCAUUCUGACGACGCGCUGGCGGCGCACGUCCAACGCCCGGAGCCGCAUCCCGCGCAGACGAAGCAUGUGCAGACGUCGCGUCGGACGACGUCCUUCUCUGCGUCGACGGCACGCUCGUUCUUCAGCAACGUGAACUUCGCGGGCGUGCUGCGUGGGGUGAGUGCAGGGCUGGGUGGUGGUGGUGGGGCGUGAGUUUCAUCCGCAGUACAAGGUGCUUCUUAGUCGAUUUUUGUGGCGACAUGAUCUCCGUAGGAGUUUGGCGCUCAUCCAAUUCUACUAUGCUUCUAAGUGACGGAUAUCAGGGUCUAUCUAUGUAUAUUACAGCCGAGGUUAUUAGUUGGAAUUGCACCUUAUGCAUCAACGAGAAGGGAUGUGGACUG